UCUCAGCCAGAUACGGACGGAGAACUGAAUUUAUUUUUUUCUUCUCCUCGUACACAAAACCAUAUCUGGAGAAGUUGAAACCCUGGCAGAAAAUUACAAGAACAAAACUUUGUAAUUAGUUGACACUGCCCCAGAUAUGUUUAUCUAGUCCUUGUGUUUUACAUAGUGUAGCCUACUUAAAAUAAUAACAAUAAAAAUAACUUUUAGAUAAAAAAAAAAAAAAAAAAAAGCUAAAGCAAAAAAUAAAUAAAAACAACGAAUCUUGGGGAUUUUAAUUUUUGUUUUAAUUUUUCUUAAACUAAUCGCAUCCUGCAAAGCUGACAGUCUGCUGCAGCUUUUUGCUGUUUUGUGUUUUUUUUUUUUUUUUACACAUGCUGGGAAACAAAUGCUGUAAUUAAAGUGUUGCGUGGAGGAAACAAACGAAGCAGAUGACCAGUGUUUCAGUGAUGCCUGUCUCGAAGGACUGUUUCCUGACCCGGGACAGUCUAGAUUCUGAAAUGCGGUCCCGGGACAGAAUAGAGGGGGAACUGGAUCGUCUGAGGAUUCGGGAGAGGCUGGAGGCGACCCUGGCCGGUCUGGGGGAGUUGGAGUAUCUGAAACAGAGGCAUGAAUUGUUGGUCAGGACCGUGCUAAGUCACGGGGGAAAUGCUUAUUUAGUCGGGGAAGAGAAUAUCCCUAGAAUGUUGGAGGAAAACUACCCAAACCCGCAGGAAAAAGCCUUGGAAGAGAAUAUUUUGUUACUGAGAAAACAAUUGAACCGUUUAAGAAGAAGGGAUGCAGGCCUGAUAAACCAGCUCCAGGAGCUGGACAGACAGAUCAGCGACCUGAGACUGGAUUGUGAGAAACCCUUUCACGAUCACCUGGAAACAGACAGCCGACCCAGUUCAGGUUUUUAUGAGCUGAGUGACGGGGCCUCGGGAUCCCUUUCCAACUCGUCCAACUCGGUUUUCAGUGAAUGUUUAUCCAGUUGCCGCUCUAGCACCUGCUUCUGCAGCCCUUUGGACGCAUCACUGAGCGUUACAGAUGGCUGUCCCAAAUCUUCAGAUAACCUUGCAGGCUGGAUUGACUGUGUUGAAGGGCAGUGUGAAGACCAAAAUUCAGCAACUGUCAGGCGCUCCUUGUCAGCUCCCUAUUCGGCGUCUCUUGAUGGAGUGUCUGACAUCCAGACCAAGUACCAGUGCGACCUAAUCUCCAGAAAUGGGAAUGACGUCUACAGAUACCCCAGCCCUCUUCAUGCAGUGGCUGUCCAAAGCCCAGUGUUUCAGUCCCUGGUUGGUCAUUUCAGAGAGGAAGGAUUUAAGGCCAAUGAUUCCUCCAGUGACUUUGCAAAACCUGAACAGGCCAUGGUGUCUCAAAGCCCUUCUUGUCCUGUACCCUAUCUGUCAUCAUCAAACAAAAGAUUAGAUAAUUACAUCUUCAGCCUCCUUCAGAGGAGGGCCCAGCCUAUAAGGACUAAUAAGCCAAGGACUAACUUAAAUACAGACCCUGCAAAGAGCAUUUUAAGACAGGGAAGCAUUUGUGUCAGACAGACUGUUGGUGAAUCUCAAGGCAAGAGUUCUGACCUUAAAAACCCCAGACAGGCAUGUUUACAUUCCAAGGGAGCAAACAACUCUAUCAGUGCAGUGCCUCCCAUGAAGCAGUGGCCACAUGUUGAGGCAAAUGUUGAACAAUUGGAGAAUGACAAGGCACAUAUCCCUUGUGCCUACCAGCAACAUAAUGAACAAUAUAUGACAAACAAUAAUGAACUUCACCAUAAUAGUCUAUCUAAGAAGAGGGUUUUUGCGGCAAAUAAGGGACUUCCUCUUAGCACUGUAGCUAUAGACAUUCAGAAGGUAGUAAGCCCGCAUUCAGUUUCCUCACCAAUAGACAAUGUGUAUCAGUAUGCUGCAGUCUCAGAGGAGAACAAGGUCCCCCAGCCUGUGAAGACAGUGCCUCCAAGGAAAGGCUUGAAGCCUCGUCCAGCUGUUUCAUCGUAUCUGGAGGAUAGGCCACCACUAGAGCUCAGGAGUGAGGGGUCUUCCUCUCAAAGCCUGGAUGAAGGUGGGCAGAUGGUAAAUGCCCAGUAUAUCCCAGCUCAGAAGCAGACUGUAAAACUCCGUAAGGGAGGCAAGAAUGUUAAAGUUGUCAAAGUGAGGAGUGCUACGCUCAAACCAAGAAUGCACACUGAGUUCAUUCCAGAAAUCUGCCUGGAGAAGCCGAGGAUGGUAGCUAAAAAAUGCCAUUUCCCAGAAGAAGUUUCCAACCCGCAUAAAACUGUGAAAAAGGGCUCCUCAAAAGCAAAGAAAGGUAGCAGCUUCCAGCCAGAGGGAAGUCUUUCCACUAGACAGGCUUCGUCUACCAGCAGACCAACAGCCAGGCAUCAUGGGCAUGGACGGGAGACUGUGGUGGCCAAACCAAAGUAUAAAAGAAGUGACUACCGUAGGUGCAAGACAAUAGCUGAGGUCCCGUAUGACGAGGUGCUGAGGAGAGCCAGGAGGAGGCAGAAAAAGGAAAUUCUAGGCCAAGUUUCAGCGGUAUAUCUGCGUCCCAACGCACAGUACAGCAGCCCUUAUGCAUACAUUGGCAGCGAUUCAGAGUAUUCAGCGGAGUGUGCCUCACUUUUCCAUUCUACUGUACUGGACACCAGCGAAGAUGAGAAGAGCAAUUAUACCACCAAUUGCUUUGGAGAUAGUGAAUCAAGCCUAAGCGAGGUGGACUUUGCGGGUGAGAGCACAACAUCCAGUGACACUGAUGAGAGCGGUGGGCUGGCUUGGCCACAGUUUGGUAACCCAGCUGCGCCAGUAGGCCCCUCUGAAAUGACCUCUGCGCAGGCCAAGGCCUUUGUGAAAAUCAAAGCAUCGCACAAUCUGAAGAAAAAGAUUCUUCGCUUCCGCACAGGCUCUUUAAAACUCAUGACAACUGUGUGAAAGGCAUAUUUAAUCCUUAGGAGUGACCAGGUCACUUUAUUUGUGUUCGCUUCUUCCUGUGAUAUACCUAGUCUAAUUUUAACUGCCUGUUCUUAUUGACCAAGUCAUUUGAAUUCCACACAAACUAGAUAAAAGAAUAACUAGAAACAUUUAGAACUGAAAAAGUGUCACUGGUAAAGAUCAUUUAUCUGUACCGUACUGCCCCAUCAAUUGUUUAUUUAACCCAUUUUUUAUAUUUAUUAUUUAAAACUGACACAGAUAGUUAGCCUGUCUUACUGUGUGUGUGUAAAUACAUGCCCCGGGUCCUUUUUGUAUUAAAAGCUAUUUAAAGCUAUUUAAAACUUAAUAUAUUUGGUUAUAGUGUCAGUCCUAAGUGAAUUGGAAGGCAGUAUUGUGCUGCUAUGUUUUUUUAACCUGUGCUUUAAGUUAAGGGUUGAUGCUCCCUUGAUAGACCCAGUCUAUGGUUUGAGAGCAGAUUUUAUAAGGACUAUUAACUGUUAAUGCUAUGGUGCUUUUGUAAUGUGUGCAUACAAUAUGCAUGAGCAAUCGCUUUACUGUUUUGUUGAUGCCAAGCAGUUGUAAAUUGCAAUUUGUUGUAUAUAGUACAUUUCUACUGGUACAGCAUAUUUUUAUGCUUUUAAUAAAUGUCUGCUUUGAAGUUA